CCUCCUAAGUGCCAUUCCAUUGCCAUGGCAGUAUUCUUUCCCGCGUGUUUAUUUCAUUUUUCAAAGAAAAACAAAGUUAUGGCGGAAAAUAAUGGACGAAGCACAACAACCUGAUUUAAAACGCUCAAAAAACGAAGGCGACGAAGCGAUAGCUCAUAGUCUUGCCGCAGCAUUAUGCGGAGACGAUGUGGAGAAAUUUCUACAGCUUUAUGACGAAAUCCCGGAGGGUGUUUCACUUGAAAGGGUGAGCAAUAUCAUUUUCGCGAAUAUUUGCAAUUCCCGUUUUGCGAGCUUUUCCCUGAGGCAGCGGUUGAAUUUAUAAGCAGGGCCAGAAGGCCAGUAUAGCAGUGAAGAGUUAAAAUUGCAGUUAUUGCACAAGCUGGCUGAGCGUCGUGAGCGACCGGCUUUUACGUUUUAUUUGACCGCAGCGCGGAUUUAAUUUCGCUUCGGUGUUGAAUUACAGGCCCACUUUUUGCGUUUCUAUGGAUUUGUAAUCUGCGAUAAAAAUUUGCUACGAGAUUGUCAACAAAUCUGGCCGUGUUGUCGGCCCGUCUCUACAAGAUCUAGCAAUUUACUGGUACCAGAUUAGCGAAAGAUAACUGCAUAAAAAAAAUCGAGAGAAUUUUCGCCUUAUGGUUUUCAUUCUAUACAGGUAAAAUUAAUUUACUUUUUACGGAGGCGUAUCUAUCAUGUUACUGCAGAAAAAAUUCAGAACUUUCUAGGGGUAAAUUCAUUGGCUAGAAGCCCAGCUAGCCGUCUGACUCUUGUCGGGGGAGCAGAAGCGUAGUGAUUUUAUCAAAAGUACACGUAAAUUUCGUAUUUAUUAUUUAUGACAUGCAAUUGAUCGUCGUAAACGGUUUUGAGAAGACCUAAAAUUUGUAGCAGCCAAUAUGAAAGUGAACAAGAUACGACCCGACUAUUGCUGUUCGCUUUGAUUUUAAAACGACCAAAAUACUGCUGUGAAGUGUUCAAAUAAAAGUCAUAUAUGGCAUCCGAAGAAGACAGUUUAUUUCAAAAUCAACGCCGUACUUCGUGGGUUUGUACAAUACAACAGUUUGUUUGUAAAUUUGAUCUCAUAUUCUUGUGAACGUAAUUUGUAUUUGUUAUGAAUAGGCUUACGCAAUAAUUCGAUGUACAUUUCAGAAAUGUACAUUUCAAUUCCUUAGGGGACAAUUAAAGAAUACCUUUCGCUAUUUUCCCGCUACAAAUGAAUGUGCUGUGUUUAGUUUGUUUUGUUUACAGUUACAGUAAAUUUUUGACAGCUUUAAGAAAAUAUUGCGCUUUAUCGCUGAAAAGCUUUCCCAACAUCUGGCUAUAAGUGUAUUUUUAGUCUUUUGUCAUCUAUAUGAGUUCAAACUAGCAUAACACAAAACGUUUUGUAAAAAGUUGUUUUAUCAAAAAUUUUCCAGUUUAUAUGUUUGUAUGUAGCAGGUUUUUGUUGAAAAAAAAUUAUAUACUUGAAAAAAAAACACAAAAUCUUGUAUACUAUAAAUAUACAAUGCAGUGUUGUUAAAAUUUCAUUCUUAAAUUCAAAAAUGUUAUUAAAUACACAAGACCCCCCAACGGUGCUAGACAAUUAUCAGACUAUAUUUAAACGUUUUUGCUUUACAAUUUACAGCCGGCCAAAAAGCCCUGUUCACAAUCUUUUAUACAAUUUGUAACUCUAAUAUCAAAGUCUUUAUGUCUUGUCGAGUAACACAGCAACAUAUUAGCAUAUCUGUGUGUCACAAUGAGCUAUUAUAUAAGUACGUUUUAAUUGUUAUGUAAUAAUAUGGCAUGGUUUUAAGAUGUUACUUCAACCGAGAUAUGUUUAGCUUUUAAAGCAGCAAAGUUUUAAAAAAGUGUAUGGGUAUUGUAUAUGUCCAUGCAAGUGUGUACUAGGUAAGGUUUAGUAUACAAAUAUAUUACAGCCUGGAUAUGUUAUGUAAUAAUAAGUAAUAUUGGUUUGCAAAUAUUAGUCAAGUUAUGAGGGGAUUAAAGUCCUGGUUGUAGUAGUCACAAACAUGUCAUGGUGGCCAGUGUUAUAGAAUCAAGUGGGGGUAUUGUAUCACAGACUCCUAACAAACAAUCUAGCAGUUUCCAAAAGUUUCUAUGUUUCUUUUGGCCAUUUUGUAGUGUUUUUUGUCUUCAUGGCACUGUCACAAUAUUACGGUUUUCAUUUUGCACUAUUAUUCUUUCAAAAGCCUCUGAUGUUACCAUGAGGCUUAACCCAUUGAGCCACAAUGCGUCCAAGUGCCCCCUACUCAUUUUUUUACUUGUCUAAUGCCAGACGAUUUUACUUGUCAAUGGGGAAGCUCUGCAGCUUAAAUUAAUGGGUUACCAAAAAAAUCUGACAAUGUUUCUAGUUAACCGAUUGAGCCGCAAUGCGACCCAGUGUGCCCUACUUUUUUUUUACUUGUCUAACGCCAGAUGAUUUUACUGGUCAAUGGGGAAGCUCUGCAGCUUAAUGGGUUAACCCAUUAAGGCAGAUUUAUGUUACACAACAAUUACCUAAAACUGUCGAAUGUGACAACUUACAACUUACUUGAGUUGUACUGUGUAAAUCAAGCACACAACUCGCCUAUGUUGUCAUAUGUAAGUUGUGUGCUUGAUUUGCACAGUACAACACAAGUUGUAAGCAUGUUACAUGCAACAGUUUUAGGCAAAUGUUGUGCGUGCUGUAAAUCGGCCAUUGUAUUUUAUGCCCUACUUUAUUAUUUUGCCCUAUCUAACACAUAAGACGUUUGUCACGUUUUUACUUGUCAAGGGGAGAGUGCUGGUGCUCAAUGAUCGGUUAAUUGUACUUUCUGCCCCUGUGUCCAGUUAACCCAUUAAGUUGCAUUGCAUCCAAAUGUGCCACUCUUUAUUAUUUUAUUCUGUCUAAAGCUGAUUUUCCACCAGGCGGAAUUUGCACAUGGAGCAGAAUUUUCAAAGACAAUGAAAAAUUGCACUCUGUGUGCAUAAUUCCGCCUUGUGGAAAACCGGUUUAACACCAGACAAUGUUAUUCAUCAAGGGGAGAAUGCUGCCACUCAAUGGGUCAAUGAAACAGUUCAGUCUUUAGUAAUAUUUUUCUCCAAUUUUUUCAGCUUGGCAAUAUAAAAGAAAUGGCUCGGCAACUAGCUGCUCUAGCAAGUUACCCCAGUUAUCGUUACAGCCAAACUCCAGUUAAAGACUCCACUCAUUUUGGAAUCAACCACACACUCCAGACGACACCCUUGAAGCUGAAUGGUGAGCUCAAUAUACCCGACCUCAGCGUGUUUAAAACCCCACCAGAGGGGCCCACCCCAGUUGAUCAGAAACAAUUUGUUUACGAUGAGGAGACACUGAAAACACUGUCAUUUUACAACAAACAGUUAAAUGAUUCUGGUAUCACCCAGCAGGAAUAUUUGGAUAUACUAGAUGACGAUGCCAAACAAUGUUCAAAGAAUAACGAGGCUGAAGCAUUUAGGUCUAACGAUGAUGAUGCUGUUGAGUUCUACACACCACCAGAUACCCAAGGUAGCUGGCACAUGAUGCAUAGAAUUCACCGACUAUAAUUAACUAUGUCUGUUAAAUUAAAUUAAAGUUAGUUUUCAUAACUUUGACCAAACAUGUGACCAACCAAUUUAGGCUGGUCAAAUGUCCAAUGAAGUCAAAGGCAAAGCUAUAAAAACAACAUCAAGUAUCAGUUAAAUUUUCACCAGUACUAAUCUGUAAUGUUGUCUUCACAGCUGCCUGUGAAGUUGAAUUAUUUACACUUUUCUGAUAUUCACACCAGAUCUUGCUGCAUUAAGUUAUUUGCAUUACAAUAGGCAAUUCCAGCUUUUAGUUUAUGCGUGCAGGGAAUGAUGGGAAGUAAGGUAUCACAUUGGUGAUUAUGUUGAAAAAAUAAAAAUGGUGGCCGUGUAAACACGGAGUGAUAGCUUAUCAGACCUCUCAACUCUCACGCAUUCGGCGUGAGUCUCACGCAAUUCGCUUCACUCUCACGCCACGUUUAGUAAAUCUCACGCAUAUAGCAGUUUUAUAGUAUUUUUUCAAUAAUAUAAUAUUGUAUUCUUAAAUGCACAUUAUUAAUCAUUAUUCGGAUCGCAAAUCGAAUAUAUAAUCGCGUGUUAUUCAUGUUCUUGCAUAUACGGCCAGACAUUUUGCCCGCAAUUUGGAUACAAAAUAGUACGCAUAUGUAAAUACGGCGGACAAAAGGCAGAAUCAGUCGGGGCAGAAUUCUAUAUGUAAAUUAUCAAAGGCAAAUUAAAGCUCAUUAAUACUGUAUGUCGCAGAAAUACAGUUAUUGUACUGUAACUAAAGUGCCUUGUCUUAAAGGACGUUAUGACUUUAAAGGUGAUCUACAGUCCGAUCUGCGCAUGUGCACAAAUGAGCCCACUUUUUAUGAUACAAACAGUUUAACUAUGUUUUGAGUUCUUGAAAAGCCUGAUUGUUGUUUCUUGAUCAUUUAUUAUACUCUAGAAGCUUGAAAAUAUAAAUAGUUGUCGAAUAAAGCUCAAUAUUUUGGACACAAAAAUGUAAACAAAGGCUUUGUUUACAUACGGACUGUAGAUCACCUUUAAUAUGAAGCAAUGUAUUUCAUUAAAAAACACCAACUCUCAUAAUGUACGAAAUGCCAUUUCAGACCCCCGGACGUUUACAAAGGUGUCAUCCACAUCCCCAAUCUCACUCUUAACUUCUCUGCAAAGUUGAGAGGUCUGGCUUAUACUUGUAAAUAUUGAAAUAUUUCGGUUGCUUCGGCAGUUUUUAUUGAAAUUUUCAGCAUAAUCAGCAAUCCAGAUGAUCUUGAUACGCGGAAAAGUACUGGCACUAGUUGUCAAAUAGAAAUCCAUUUUAUGAUUAAAACAACUGAAUAUCUCCAGUAAUAUACUUUAUUUCGAUUCCAUAUUUUUGUCAGAGCUAUAGUUCUCAUAACCAAACAUAAUUACAAAAUUUCAACUAGUUUCAUAAAGAAUAACGAAAGAUAUAAUUGACUGAAUACAUCAAAAUGGAUUUCUAUUUGGACAACCCUUUCUGAGCGCUGAUUGGCUAAAAUACGAACACGAGAUCACCUGGAUAUGAUACCUUACUUCCCAUCAUCCCCUGCACGCAUAAACUAAAAGCUGGAAUUGCCAAUUGCCUUUGUAUAUCGUGGUAAAAAAUACAGUUAUGAAUAAGCUAAACCAUAAUUCACUGAUGCAUUAGGAAUUAUGGAGUCUGGAGAUAUAUUAACUCAGUUUUACAUGAUUCGCAGUGCAGAUCAACAUGACCAUGCAGCCGAAAUACAUCGUGCUAAUUUUGAAAAAAAAAUUAAAUUUUACUUUGUCCAUUGUCAAGGAAACCCAACCACAUUUUGUCUUGGCCAUGCAGACGUUCGUCCUUUCAAGGAAAAUAAUUAUUUACAGGCCUGGUUGUUAUGUUUCUAAAGCUUAGUUUACACGAUCAAAGUUUCUGUGAUCACGGUACAAAUUUUGCAUCGGUAAAUUUUAAGUUUUGAAGGAUCUGUAAGAAAUGUUUGAGGAAACUGCCAGUUUGCUCAAACUUUCCUUACAAAUUCUCCAAACUUAGAAUUUACCGAUGCAAAAUACCUACCGUGAUCACAGAAACUUUGAUAGUUAAAUCAGGCUUAAGGUGCAAUUAGUUUUUAUUCUUCCUAGAUGAAAAUAUUGAAGAUCCGCCAUUUGGAUACCCGCCGUCUUCGGACAAACUCAUAAAUUCCGUCAUCACCUUACUAUCAAAAACCGCAACAGUUGAUACCUCUGAAGUUUGUGAAGAAAAUUGUUUGCAAGAAAGCGAGAAUAUACAAAAUGAAAACGAGCUAGGCAAAGAAGAUGGUGAAUUUUUCGAGGCUUACGAAGUUGAAGACAGCGAAGGCCGGGAAAACGAUGUUAGGAGUAGUUUGGAAAAGAACGGCUCGACCUUGGAGCGAGAUUCUGCAGAAAAGGACAGUUUAGACGGCUCUCCGCAUAGCCGUAGAAGCUUCACACAAGAGGAAGACGAUUCGGGAAUCUCCACUGUAGACGAAAAUGACAUUGUACAAGAAGCAACUAUGACAAACGGUGGCCAUUUUGAGGCGAAAAAAGAGCAGAUUGAGAACAAGACCGAAGGGAGUUUUGUCGAAAUGAACCAUUCAGGCAAUAGCCCUACACAGAGGGCAAGUGCUAAAAAGAAAACAUGUAAUUCUGAGCCUGAAUUAAAGCGGUUUACAAACGAAUCUGACAUAAAGUACACCCAGUCAAACGAGUCUGAAAUGAAGUACACAAAAUCGAACUGUUAUGAAAGUGAAGAAACCUCGAUAGGUUGGCAAACCCGACACAAGCGUAUGAGCAAAAGACGGUACGAUAGAGAAUCUGAGAGAAUGGGUUAUUACAAUGAUACCACAGAGAACCAUAGAUCAAACCACAAGGAAUCGACGCCUAGACGGUCUGCGUCGAAAAACAAAGAUAGAAAUCAAGGGAAACUAGACAGAAGUGAAACCUACAGUAAGGUCGCCGACAGACACGUGGAAGAACGAUCCAAAGAGAAGAACGCUUGGGGUAACAGACGGGGUGAAGACAGCGAAAUACACGAGAGCCCCAAGCGCUCCAGUCGUCGUGGAGGGCAGGCUGGCAAGAAGUCGGACAGUAAAUAUACAAGGAAUGGGAAUAAGGAGAAAUAUAGUGAUUUGGAGAAACAUGAAAAUCAAGUUCAGAAUACAAAACCUCAACUUCAAGCAAGUGUUUUCUCGUAUAGAGACGCACUUCUUAAAGCUGGUUCUGCGGGUAAGUCAAGACAGUAUAUAUACAGUAGAAUCUUGCUAACUCGAACUAAAUCCAAUUCUCCCUGGAUUUCACCCAAUUUUUGCAGUAAUUUACUCCGCUUAACUCGAACUCCUAGCUCACUCGAACAAAUUUCAUUUUCCCUCAGCACUGCUCAAAUUUACCCGCCUAUCUCGAACUGUAUUUUUGAGGAUGGCAAACCUCAAAAUGUCAGAACAUGGCACGUUGACAAGUCGGAAAGCUGGGAUUUCCAUUCAGAUGGAAUAUAUACAAACGUUCAACAAGUUGCAAGGUUCAACAAGUUGCAUCGAUCAUUAUUGCUCUAGCUAUAGGUACUGUACUGUUAAACACUGUGAUAGGUACUGUUUAACUGUCAUUGUUACAAUUGAACAAUGCUGUAACAACAUUGACAUUGUUGACAACUUGUUCUUAGGAUGCAGCACAACCGUGAUCAAGCCUGUCGGUACUAGCUGGGAACAGGUUGUUCGUUUUUACGCGUGUAGCCGAGACUAUUUAUCUUUACAACUAUUGUGGUACUGUCAACUUUCCCUGUGGGAGGAAACCGGAGCAAACCCGGGGAAACCCCACGACUUUCGGCAGAGCGUUGACUGACUCUUUUCACAUGAGCACAUAAUCCUCGUAAGCACAUUAUCGCUGAUCUUAGCAAUGAAAAGCUAAGUCGGCACCUAAGACUAAGCCAGUUUAAAUAGUCUUGCUAUAUGGCUUGCCGUGCUUUUCAGCGAUCAAGCCUCAAGGAUGCAAUUCUCUUGUCGACCACGUUUGCAGUGGCACCCACACCACCCGCUGUCGAGAAGACGAGCGGAGAAAAUGACCCGUGUUCUACUUCUCUAAUUCUUUCGUCGUAUGCUCUUCUUUUCUCUAGUUCAUUUCUAUACGAUAGCAUUGAGAGGAGGUGUAGCUUGGGCAUUGUGGGAACGUAUAGUUUAAAACGCAACAAAUCGUACUGCUGCCGCAACUUUAUAGCAGUCGAACCGUCGUGUAAACGCGAGUGCUAACAAAUCUGUUAUAUGUUCCAUAUUUCAGUUCCAAGUACCAAGGAGCAAAUACCAAGUCAAGUAUCCUCUAAGGCAGACAGGAUGUUUAAUGUAGAAUCCGCAGUUAAUUAUUUAUCUACAGGUAUGUAGAGUUUCAGGCCCAUAGAAAACAUCUGACAAUCUCGAUGUUUUCUCAAAUGUAUCAAUUAUCGUGUUUUCCCACUCUUGAACCUGUGUGUGUAUUAAAUAAUACGAGUCGACUUGUAGCAAGUCUAGCCAACAAGAUGUGUUCGCACUGCUUGUCCCCAGUUGUUGACAAGUCUAGAACAGGUUGUUAUCAUCUUGUAAUAACAAGGUUGACGAGGCCAAUAGACUCGCAACAAAGUUGUUCCAACAAGUCUGAUAUCGUCUGCACGUAACAAGUUGAUGACAACAAGCUCGUAGCGACUUGUUACGAACAGCCUGUAUAUUAUUCUUGACAAAUCUUGUUGGAACAACUUAACUUGUAGUAAGUCCGUUACCGUCAUCAACUUCGUAACAAGGUGAUAACAACUUGUUGCAGACUUGUCACAACAACUGGGAACAAGCUGUGCGAACACAUCCUGAUAUCGGCUUGACAACAACCUUGUUACAACUUGUCUGAAGAUCUUUAACCACUUGGGCGUUUUUACGUGUGUAGCCAAUAUUUGUCCUACCUAUGCAAUUUACCUGACUUGCAUGCUUACCUUGUGCAGAUGUAUGAUGUAAUCGGUCACUGAAAAGUCCCAAUGGGGAGUGAGCUGGGUAAUAAUGUAAUUGACAAUGGGACACUACAGCACUGUAUACUUUACAAAUUAAUUUUUGUUUUCUUUCAUUUAUUUCUUAGUAUGGAUGAGUGUGAAUAAUUUACACAGAAAAGGUGAGUAUAUAUAUAUAGCUAAUGAAGGAUUUUGUAGAUGGAAACUUGUUAAUAAAUAUGGAAAUAUUUCUUCAGAAAUCUUGUCUGGAUCAGUAGGAAUUUUCUUUUCUGAAGUUUUGAAAUAAACCAGGGAUGGGUUUACUGGGGGUGGCCCUGGCCAGAGGUGGUGCAGGGGGGUGCUAUUUUUCAUGAUAAAGCAAAAAAUUAUUAGAGACAAAAUGAGAUAUAGUAAUUUGAGUAAUAACAUGAUGAUAAGCGAACUGUGAACAACAAUUACAAUUCAAAUACAGUAGUCAAAUAAGACUUUGCAGUAGUGAAACAAGUUGAUGGGCGGGCGGCUCACAUGACCGACAUAACGCGGCACCAGAGCUGGCAGAGCACUCCCCCCCUACCAAAACAACAAUAACUUUCAUCAUUUGAAUACUUUAAAAAUGUAUUUGGAAUAGGAUUAACUUACUAUUUAAGUUCCCUGCUUAAGAAAUAGGAAAUAUACGAAUCUUCUCUCAUUUCAUGGGAACGACCUGAGACUGCAAUCGCGGCUUCAAUUUUUGAAUUGCAGAAUAAUUAGAUGAACUAUCUAGUGUAUAUAAGAUAUCUAUGGUCUAUCCCUAUAAUGCAGAUCUCAUUUCUCUUCCAGACCCUUCCAAAGUAUAUAUCUACAAUGGUGAUCAAAUGUGACCAAACCAAAUGAACAAUGAUACUCCAUGAAAUAUGUGUGAAAAAGCAAAGAUUAAAUUAUUCUGAACUAAACAUAAAUGUAUAAAAAAUUAUAGAAAUCAUUGUACUAAUUUAAAGCUAUAUCAAGAGAGGAAAGUACGGCAGUAUAACCGGAAGUUUGGCCUUCUUAAAUAUUAGGCGAAUCAAUUUGGUUGUUUGACGAGAUUUUGUCCCACAAUCGAAAAUUGAAGAAAUUUCUUGGUAAAGACCAAAUUGAACUAAAAAAUUGAAUCCAAGUUAUUUUUGUUAGAAUAGACUUGUUUGACAUCAAAAUUACCUAUAAAUUUAGUUAACUUCUAUAUUAUGAAAUAGGCGUUGCCAAUUUAGGAAAAAAGAUCGGGUGAAAAAGUAAUUAGGUAUGUUUCACUAAGCACUAUCGUGCAGCAAACGGUGGCUAAUUUAUCAGAGUGAGAAAAUAAUGUUAAUUUGUCUCAUAGUUGUUGACACAAAAAAGGCCAGUAAAUUGAAUUGCGAGGUGUUUAGUUUAAAUUUCAUGUUUCUGUAUAACUGUCAUGCCAGUGCUCGUACCGAAAGACUAAAGUCAUCUAAGCCUAUUUUUCUGAAUUGAAUUGGCAAUGUUUAAAUAUUUUGCUUCAAGUCUGAGCUUAUAGUAGUAGACUGUAGAGUAGCCUUUGAGGCCUUAAGACAUUAUGUGCUUAAUUUGUCUAGCUUAAAAAUGAGUGAAUGAAUUUAAUGCUAUUUAAUUAUUGUAUCUUGCAGAUUACAAAUAUUAAUAUAAAUUAUAUAGAUAAAUUUUAUCUAUUUUUCGAAAAAACACUGUGGAUAUUUUAUGG